AUUCUUGGAAGGAGGAAAAAUAAUGUGAACUAUGCCAGUCCACACAAGUUCUGUUACUUUAAGCAUUUUGUGAAAGCAAAUGGUAUUUAUUUGAAUAAUUUUCUUUCCACAGAUAUCAUCAAGAGGUUACCACAUUUAAUAUUUUUUCCCUAUAAGUUCAUUUGCUUUUAACCCAUAUUACUCUUUCUACAUAGGUCUUAUAGAGACAAUUCACAAGGAGUGGCUGGAUCUCACACAUUUGGAAAGAGUAGAAAUUUCAAGAUAUUAAAUUUUGGAGAAAUGGCUUUCCUUCAUUUGGAUAUCAGAUGCUUAUAUACCCUUCUUAUUUGCACAGCAUUUGGCUCUACUUUGUCUUCAAAUGCCGAGAUAAAAGUUAAUCCUCCUCAGGAUUUUGAAAUAGUGGAUCCUGGAUAUUUGGGUUAUCUCUGUUUGCAGUGGCAACCUCCGCUGUCUCUGGAUAAUUUUAAGGAAUGCACAAUAGAAUAUGAAUUAAAAUACCGAAACAUUGAUAGUGAAAGUUGGAAGACGAUCAUUACUAAGAAGCUGUAUUAUAAAGACGGAUUUGAUCUUAACAAAGGUGUUGAAGCAAAGAUACACACACUUCUGACAGGGCAGUGCACAAACGGUUCAGAAGUUCAAAGCUCAUGGUCAGAAGCUACUUAUUGGACAUCAACACAAGGAAAUCUGGAAACUAAAAUUCAGGAUAUGGAUUGUGUAUAUUACAACUGGCAAUAUUUACUAUGCUCUUGGAAACCUGGCAUGGGUGUCCAUUUUGAUACCAAUUACAGCUUGUUUUACUGGUAUGAGGGCUUGGACCAUGCAGUACAGUGUGCAGAUUACAUCAAGGCUAAUGGAAAAAAUAUUGGAUGCAGGUUUCCUUAUUUGGAGUCAUCAGACUAUAAAGAUUUCUACAUCUGUGUUAAUGGAUCAUCAGAAUCUCAGGCUAUCACUCCGAGCUAUUUCAUUUUUCAGCUUCAAAAUAUAGUUAAACCUUUGCCACCAGACGACCUUAGUUUUUCUGUGAAGAAUUCAAAAGAAAUUAACUUGAAAUGGAGCAUCCCCAGAGGACCUAUUCCAGCAAAGUGUUUCAUUUAUGAAAUUGAGUUUAAAGAAGAUGAUACUGCCUGGGUGACUACUACAAUUGAAAAUGAAAUAUACUUCACAAGAACAUCAAAUGAAAGCCACCGAUUAUGCUUUUUAGUAAGAAGCAAAGUGAAUAUUUAUUGCUCAGAUGAUGGAAUAUGGAGUGAGUGGGGUGAUGAACAAUGCUGGAAAGGUGACAUACGGAUGAAAACGUUGGUGUUUUUCUUGAUACCAUUUGCUUUUGUCUCAUUAUUUCUUUUGCUAAUAACUUGUCUGCUUUUGUAUAAGCAAAAAAAUUUACUGAAAAUGAUUUUUAAAAAAAAAAAAGAAGUCUUUUCUCAUCAAGAGACACUCUGUUGACUCAAUAAAUUCAUCUCAAGGCCAGAUGUUAAAUAGGAGCCUUAUUAAACUGAAUUUUUCUCCAAAUGUUCAAUAAAUCUUAUUUUAAAAGCAUUGUUGUAUUUAAAUAGGCUUUGGAACACUCAAAUUGUCAACUAAUAGUAAAUUUUCUGGAUUCUAUUAAGAGCUUUUUUUUCUUGUUAAAAAAA